AUGGCUUCACCACUACCAUACAAUCGACAGAAUGCGCUUGCCUCGACCAUCGCAGUGGACAAUGCAUCCAACAUAGCUGGCAAGAUUGUUAUUACUACCGGUGUGACGCAAGGUGGCCUAGGAGCAACUUUCGUAGAGGAGGUUGCAAAACACAAACCCGCUCUUCUCAUCCUCGCUGGUCGUUCGCCAUCCAAAGUCCAAGUCACAGCCGACAAGAUCAGGUCCAACCCAGCGAGUGCCAACGUUGAAGUGCGUAUUCUAGCCUUGGAUCUUGCCUCACAAAAGCAGAUCCGCGAAGCCGCAAAAGAAGUUUUAGCAUACCCAGAGUCCAACAUCGACAUCCUCGUCAAUUCAGCAGGCACGAUGGCGGGCCCUUACCGCACCACAGCUGAAGGCAUCGAGAGCCAAUUCGGAUGCAACCACGUCGGACAUUUCCUCUUCACCAAUCUCAUCAUGUCCAAGCUCCUUGCUUCCAAAGCACCAAGAGUUGUCAAUGUGGCUAGCGACGGCCAUCGCUUCAGCGGCGUUCGUUUUGAAGACGCAAAUUUUCAGAAUGGCAAGGUGUAUGACCAGUGGGAAGCCUACGGUCAGAGCAAGACAGCGAAUAUAUUGUUUUCGUAUGCGUUGGCCGAGAAACUAGGGUCAAAGGGACUGAGAGCUUACAGUCUGCACCCGGGAGUGGCGUUGGGAACAUCUCUUGCUGAGAAGUUCGAUGAUGAAGACAUGAAGAGUGUGGCGGCCAAGGAUAAAGCGAUCGGCUGGGCGCGUGGUUUUGACAUCAAGUCGCUCGAUGAGUGUGCGGCUACCCAUGUUGUCGCUGCCUUCGACACAAGACUGGAUAACUAUAACGGUGCCUUCCUCAACGAUGGAAACGUGGCGCCACAGGAAGUGCAGCCGACAGCGAAGAACCCGGAAGAUCCAGAGAAGCUUUGGAAGCUGAGCGAGAAGCUGGUAAGAGAAGAAUUCGUAUACUGA